AUGCCCGCCAUCCAACCACCCGCAACAGUUCUUGUCACUGGCGUCUCCGGAUUCAAUGGCUCGUGGAUCGCCCGCGCCGUCCUCGAGGCAGGGUACGUCGUCCGCGGCACAGUCAGGUCUGACCACAAGGGUCAGUACCUCGCCAUGCUCUUCAAAUCACACGGCAGUCGAUUCUCGUACCGCGUCAUCCCAGACGCGUCCAAGCCCGGUGCGUUCGACAAUGCUCUCGACAGCUCCGUCAGCGCCGUUGUUCAUGCGGCAGGCUUGGCGCAGUUCAUGGGAGUGGAGUCUUCGGAGCUUACUGGCAGCAAUAUCGACAGCGUCGUGCACUUUUUGCAGAGCAUACUCGAGCAUGGCAAGAACGUGAAGCGCUUUGUGUACAUGUCCUCGGCACAGGCACUGCUCGGCCAUGCAGACCUCUUUCACGUAUACUCAGAGGAAGAGUGGAAUGACAAGGCGGUCGCUGAAUUCAGUGAGAAAGGUAGCGCGACCGAUGGCACCACAUUAUACCAAGCUAGCAAGGUUCUCGCUGAACGAGCGAUUAUUAACUUUGUCGAGGAACAUCGGGACGAGAUAGGCUGGGACGCGACCCGGAUCCUCCCUUGCUGGACCUUCGGCCCUGUCAUUCACGAGUGCAAGUCCCUCGAGGAGCUGAACUUCUCUUCGCAGCUGCUGUACCAGUACCUCACGGCACCGCGGGAGGCAAAAAAGGUGAACGACUACGCAUCAGAGUACGUCGACGUGCGCGACGUCGCCGAUGCCUUCGUAGCCGCGCUCCGUGUGGAGGGGGCCGGCGGCGAACGCUUCAUCCUUGACGCAGGGGCAUUCACAUUCCAAAAUCUCUACGACGCAUUCAAGGAGCGAGCGCCCGGGCUCGAGGGCAUCCAGCGCGGAAAUGCAGACGCGCCCAAGUUCAGCUUCCCCGGCGGAUUCUGUACAUCGGCCAAGGCACAGAAGGUUCUUCAGCUGAAGCCUUUCAAGAGCCUCGGAGAGUGCGCAGUUGACAUGUACAAGAGUAUCCGCGAGCGUGGUCUCUGA